CAACGCCAUUUUCAGGAAGAGGCAGUAUAACUGUUCCAGUAGUGGCGCCGGUCGGUGUUGUCCGAAACCUCGCUCGCGACACAGAAACAGAAAAGAAACAAUGUCCCCAUUGUUGGCCACUAUCAUCUUCACUUGUGUCUUCGCCGCUAGUCACACGGCUCCGCAGGAGCCGCUGCAAGCCUGGACGGAAGAUGUCGUUUCCUAUUCCGGAUUCCAGCUGUGGUCGGCCACGCCUCGCAACCAAGAAGAACGCGAAUUCCUCUUGAAAAUCCGACAGGACUACGAGUUGGAGGUAUGGAAAGAGGCCCGAUCGCACAAUAGCCCCGUCGAUUUGUUGGUUUCGCCCGAUUUUCAGACGGAAUUAAAAUUGCGAUUGGCAGACGCGGAAAUCCCCUAUGAGGUCACCAUUAGCGACAUGCAAACGGCAAUCAACAACGAGAACCCCAAUGUCACCGACAGCGGCGACGAGUACGAAAAUCGAAAAAUGGCGGGUCGAUUUAAGCGGUAUUUGGCUGCCUUUAUCUCCUUCUUUCCCGGCCAUAAAAUGGACUGGAACAGUUACCACCGGAUUGACGAUAUCUACGGCUACUUAAAUUACCUGGCGGACUCGUUCCCGCGACUCGUGCAACUAGUCAGUAUCGGUAGCUCUUUCGAAGGUCGUCCGCUUUACGUUGUUCGCAUAUCCUCGUCUUCAUCCGGAACCAAACCUGCCAUCUGGAUCGACGGAGGUAUUCACGCUCGGGAGUGGAUUUCGCCAGCUGUGGCUACUUAUAUCAUUAAGCAGCUUGUGGAAGAACCUAGCAACGAGAGACUGUUGCAAAACGUUGAUUGGUACAUCAUGCCCGUCAUGAAUCCUGACGGUUACGAAUACACACACACGAGCAAUCGUCUAUGGCGCAAAACCCGUUCUUCGACUGGAGCUCGCUGUCGUGGUGCUGAUCCCAAUCGCAACUUUGGUUACCAGUGGGGUGGUAAGGGUACAAGCCGAGAUAAAUGUUCCGAAAUUUAUCACGGAGCCAACGCCUUUUCGGAGCCGGAAACGCGGGCCGUUUCAAAUUUCAUCAGCGGCAAAGCCAAUCAAAUUAAAGUUUAUCUCACCCUGCAUAGCUACGGCCAAUAUGUCCUAAUUCCUUGGGGUUAUGAUGUUCAAUACCCAAUCGAUUACAACGACAUGAAAGAUCUUGCCAAUAAAGCGGCUUCCAAAUUCCGUCGCUACAAGUACACCGUUGGCAAUUCAGCCGAUCUUCUCUAUCCAGCAGCAGGUGGCUCCGACGACUGGGCCAAGUCAAUUGGAAUCAAGUACAGCUACACGGUCGAAUUGGCCGACACUGGAAAUCAUGGAUUCGUUCUGCCCGCCUCCUUCAUUCGGCCCGUCUGCGAAGACUUCUUCCCUGCGCUGGAAGUCUUUGUCGACAAAGUAGCCACCCUCAAAGUUUAAUUUAUGUCUACGAACGUAUUAAAAUUAUCAAGUCUCAUAUUUUAAAGCGUUUUCCAACCGCCUUAGCUAUACGUCAAAAAUACAGUGCUGGAAUGCUGAAACCUAAUAAUAUUUUGUUACGUACGUAUGACUUAAGACAUCCUCUUGACAUGCAUACUUUCUAUAAGAAAUACAUCGGUUAUAAAAUA